UUAAAAACACUUUUAUCACUUGUAAUUAAACGCACGCAUGCGAUUGUCCGUCUUUGUUAUAAUGUAGAUUUUUUUAUUACACCACAAUUACUUUUUUUUAUUCUAUUUGUUUUGUGCUGCGGACAAUGUUGGUUCGUAUUCGGUUUCAUUCCGUAACGGAGAAGAGAUCUCAGAAUAAUGAUUGUGGUGCCAACAGCGUCACAAUUGUUACAGAGAAGAAAAUAGAAGAUGACUCAUCAGAUUCGUCCAGUGGCGAGAAUGUUGAGAUUGAAGAUAAAUCGCUCCCCAUAGUGGAGCCGCCAGCCCUGGAGGCGUCAGAAGAAGGCCACGCAGCACAAUGCGCGUGCCCUAACUGUGACGAAUUGCUGUCCAGAUUCUCAGAAUGCAGUAUCUGCUUGGAACCUCUACAGUGCUGCGGCCCCUGCGUAUGUCCCUGGUGCGGCGGCGUAUGGUGCGCCCGGUGUUCCCGCAGGAUGUCCCGGUGCGCCUGGUGCCGGGGCGCGCUCAGAGCCCCCGCCACACCCUGCCUCGCUCUCCAGAGACUCGUCAAUGAUCUCAUGCUGCCGUGUCGGAAUUACAGACGCGGUUGCACAGAACUGCUGACAGCGGUCACAAGAGUAAAACACGAAGAAGACUGCAAAUUCGACACAAUGAUUUGCCCUAUCACCGCAAACUGCUGCUCCGUACCUUUCGAAGAAUUAUCAUCACACUUACAAGCUAAUCACAAUAUAAUCGCCGUCUACUCACAGAAAAUAAAGAUAUUAAUAGAGAACUUCCAGACAAAACUAAAGAAGACUGCCUGCUGCAGAACGAAGUACAAGAUUAUCCUCCUUCAUCAGAAGAGCGCUUUCAUAAUCAAAGUCUGCAUCUACAACUACCACGUGAGAGUGGAAGUGAUGAGAAGAAAGUUAGGAUACAUAGCGGACGCGAAAUCAGAAAGCAAGAAAAGCGAAUAUUGCGCCUUGAUAGAAUUCCAAAGCAAGGCUCUUUGUACAAAAUCUGCGAUACUCAUAGAGAACGAGGCUUACGGCAAAAAGGCAGAAAUACAAUGGAACGACGUCAUCAUGAAAGCUGACAAUGAUGAAGCAAUAACAAUUCACGUAAACAUAGGCAAAUCAGAAUCGGAAAUGUUGAGAAAGGAUUACCAGGAGUCGUAGCCGUGGAGGCCAAUAUCAUUCCUGUAGCCAUGCAUUUAGGUUUAAAUGUUAAUGAACUGUCAUACAACGAUGUUAACGCUCGUGUAUUGAUUGAAUAUCGUAUACACGGCGUGCAGUGAUCUUCUGUGAUCAAUAUAGAGAUCGUGAUAUGAAUCUUGAUGAAGGUUUCCCUUCAAGUGUGGGUGAGAUCGACUGAUAUAGCAUAAACGUACUUAUCAUAGUGUUUAAGAUGUUAAUGAAGACAAUAAACUUGUAGUAUUUUCUUAAGUAUUUGCAUUUUCAUUGGAGAAUGGGAGGAGAUAAUAAAAUUACGAGGGCUGUUGAAA